AUGAUAGAGCCUGAUAGAGAAAGGUCGACACCGGAGGUAGACGAGCUGAUUCCUCACUUUGAGGAAAUUUUUGCCGUAGCAAGGAAGGAAGGCUACCUUUGCCCUCAGGUAUCAAGGUCAGUAGAGGAUACGGGGUGUCCUUACCAUGGAGGGGCAACUGAUCAUGAGCUACAGGACUGGAAUGAUCCAGAGGAAAGAAAAGCACUGCAAGAGUACUUGUUUAGAGAAUUCGAAAUGAAAGACCUUGGUUCAUUAAAAUAUUUUAUCGAGAUUGAGGUAUCUAGAUCAAAAAAGGGAAUUUUUCUCUCUCAAAGAAAGUAUGCAUUAGAUUUACUACAAGAGACUAGCAUGUCAGCGUGCAAACUAGCUGAUACACCAGUGGAGGAAGGCUUGAAGUUAGGUAUUGAAUCAGAUCAGGUACCAGUUGACAAAGGGAGAUAUCAAAGGCUUGUAGGAAGGCUUAUGUACUUAGCACACACAAGACCAGAUCUUACAUAUGCAUUAAGUGGCGUUAGUCAGUUUAUGCAUAAUCCUGGAGAACAACAUAUGAAUGCUAUUAUGCGCAUCUUGAGAUGUUUUAAGUCUGCUCCUGGAAAAGGAAUAUUGUUCACUAAGAAUACAGAUUAUCAAGGCAUAGAUGUGUACACAGAUGCUUAUUGGGCUAGAGCAAGAGAUGAUCGGCGCUUGACGUAUGGUUACUUUACAUUUGUGGGUGGUAAUCUUGUUACAUGGAGGAGUAAGAAAGAAAACGUUGUUGCCCGCUCAAGCGCAGAAGCUGAAUUUAGAGGUAUGGCACUUAGACUUUGUGAAGCGUUAUGGCUGAGAUUCCUUUUGGAAGAUUUGGGUUAUCCAUCUGAACAACCAAUUCAAUUGUAUUGUGAUAAUAAAGCUACAUGUGAUAUUGCCCAUAAUCCGGUUCAACAUGAUUAA